AUGAAGCGCUUUUUGGGAACUUUGAGACGCUCGAGUGAGUCCUUCGUCUCCCCGUCUCCCCGCAAAUUUGCUGACUUGGACUCGAACGUAGGCUCGAGCGAUAGUGUCACCGAUCGCCGCGACGACUCACCAGAAGCCAUUAUUGCGAGAGAAUUGACUGCCUUCUGCGAAUCGAAUACGAAUGACCCUUCGCGCAACGCGCCGGAGACUGAAUUUGUCCACCUCCCUAAAAUCGUCGAAACCGCCGAGUCGAGCCCCAAUGCUGCCAAGGAGGCGGCUCUGCGCAUUCGCAAGUAUCUCGCCGAUCCCGCUGGCGUCUCGGGUCAUAUCCAGUACAAUGCGAUCAUGCUCACUCGUAUCCUGGUCGACAACCCCGGCCACACCUUCACGCGCAAUUUCGACACCAGCUUCGUGACGACCAUCAAGCUGCUGCUGCGCACAGGACGCGAUUGGAACGUGCAAAACUAUCUACGCCAGUAUCUGGAUCUUCUGGAGCAACAGCGCGCAUGGGACGAAGAUCUUAAACUGCUCUUGAAGAUGUGGUCGAAGGAGAAGUUGAAAACCGGGGGCCGUUUGGUCCGGUUACCAACAGUGGCGUCUCCAGUUCCUGUGGGAUAUCCCCAACACCAAUCAUACAGCCAGUCCCGGGCUCCGAGAAACACCCUCCCACCCCCGAUCGAACUAGCGGCUCGGGUCGAAGAGGCUCGCAACUCGGCAAAGUUGCUGACGCAGUUCGUCCAGUCCACACCGCCAGCAGAGCUGGAAGAUAACGAUCUGAUUAAAGAGUUCGUCGACCGCUGCCGGACUGGCUCCCGUGUUGUCCAAGGCUACAUCCAUGCGAAUAACCCAGCCCCCGACGAGGACACCCUGUUGACAUUGAUUGAGACGAACGAUGAGAUCUCCGUGGCGCUCUCGCAGCAACAGCGUGCCAUGCUGAAGGCGCGCAAGGCCAGAGGAUCAUCGUCCCCGAGCUCGUCGAAUGUAAACAGUCCCUCGCCGAUAUCGCAGGUUGGCGCGUCCGUCGCUGGGAACUUCUCUCCUCCCACAGCACCAGCACGAAGCUCAACGUGGAAUCCGGAGUCACCUGCACCCGUGGCGGAACUCUCUUCUGCAGUAAUGACUGGUGGUCGAUCACCUCCUAACCCAGCCUUGGCACUCUCUUCUAAUCCAAACACGGUCACUCGCUUUAAUACAACCCCGGCACCUCCGGCUCCCAGCCGAUAUGAAUAUAACGCGGAGGAAUUCCAGGUGCGGAAUCCAUUUGCUGAUGACUUUGCCACGAAUGAAUCGGACCACGACAAAGAUCGUGUGCAAGGGAUUUCGCAGCCUCAGUCUGGUCGUGCGCACAUCUAG